UUCUCGACGAGUCCAGGUUUGCAGACGUGUAAGUAAGAAGAUUUGAAUACAGAUAUUUAUGUUGUUCUAGACGCUAGUGGUGUAAAUAAUUUUAUAUUGGAAAUAAUUUAAUACUAUAAGACCUGAUGGAAACAACCGGACAAUUUUAUUAUUGAGGAGAGGAUGCGGAUGUCUAGAUACUUUAAAGCAUCAAAGAUAUUGACUGCAUUCAUACUUUUUACAUUAUGCUUCGGGAUAUUAGAUUUCGUUAUUUUUGCUACAAACAAGACAGUUCUCCGAGUUGUGGAACUUUUCGACAGGAAAAGGGUAUUAAAUGAAGAAGCUUUACGCCACGUGCAAAGUUAUGACGUCAUAUUAAGCGCCUACAUGAACAGUGGUUCCACGUAUACGGGAAAAAUCCUUGGCUUCCGUAAAGAUGCAUUUUAUUUCUAUGAGCCGUUGUGGCGUCUAACACUUUGGGGCUACUAUAAAUCAAAUUUUACCGUCUGCAGCACACGAACAUCUACUUGUAGGGAGGUUUCAAAAGACGACAUUAACAAGAAUAAACCGAUUGUUGGCAGAUCUAACAAGGGAACUCUCGAUUUUACAUUACUUCAUGACGAUGAUAUAAUCAACAAGACAAUAACUCCAGUGCAAAUUGCUCAGAGAAUAAUUCGUCACGUGUUUCAGUGCUGUCUUCUUCAAGUUAGAAACCUAAUUCAACCCGAAGUUACAGAAAAUGCAAAAUUUUCAGGUCCAAGUUGGAACAUAUAUCGAUAUUGUUUAUUGAGAAAUAAACCAUUUGAGUAUUGUCUCGAACUUUUACAAUCAUCUAAUUGCCAGGAAGCUAAACACAAAAUUUCCAAAGUGUUGAGGUUGUCUCUUGGUGCAUUAGGAAAUCUUCUUCGUGACAUUCCAAGACUGAAAGGAAUUCAUCUUUUUCGUGAUCCAAGGGCGGUAAUCCAUUCUCGUUUAGAAACACACGGGUAUCCCCUCGAAAGAACAAAAAUCCAUAGUGGAAUAAAAAACAAUGCUAAAGCAUUAUGUAACAAAAUGGCGUCUGACCUUGAGGAAGGAAAGCGCUUGAAGAAAAUGUUUCCGAAUAGGUUCCGUUUUAUUCAUUACGAAGAUAUAUAUACACGUGACUAUGCUUUAAUCGAACUCCAUACAUUUCUUGGAAUGACGAUCAACAAUGAUAUCAUAUAUAAUGCUAGGGCACGUGUUUCAAACCGCGGUAGCAGAAGAGACCUUUCAGCGAGGUCAGAAAGGAUCAGAAACAAUGCAUUCUGGUGGAGAAGAUAUUUGAGUUGGGAUAUUGUCAAGUUAGUUGACGCCGAAUGUUCAUUUCUAUAUUCAGAACUUGGUUAUCCAUUUAUAUUUGACGAACAUUCUCUGCAGUAUUACAAUGAUACUUUACUAGUACACAAUCUCAAAUUUUCGUUUACUUAAAUGAGCAUAUAAUUGUCAUGAUAUCCAAGCGAAAUAUACAAACAGUGACAAUUAUAGAGGUAUUUUUCAAUCAAAAACAGAUGUUUAUAAUCACAGACAAGCAAUGUUGAUCCAUACUUCACAUUAUUUUUAAAGAAUAUGAAAGUUCGUUUCCGCGAGUAUUCUUACAAAAUGCGUAGUCGGAACAAGUUUGCUGCCUUUUUUAUACCAACACUUUCGCAUAUCUGAUCAGGUAAACAUUCAGCCAAAAGAUCUAGAAUAAAUCGUAUAUAAUAUAAAUUCCAUUUAUAAUUUAAAAAUUAAAGUCAGACAUAAAGCAGAA